AUGACUACCAACGGUCACACAAACGGCGCCUCGGCCGAGCCAAGCAGCCGCUUCGAUCCCAACUUCACCAGCCAUGUCAUCAAGACCAUGGGUCCUGAUAUGACGCCUAGAAAUCGCCAGGUCCUCAGCAGCCUGAUCAGACACCUACACGAUUUUGCGCGGGAGGUUGAGCUGACCAAUGACGAGUGGAUGGCCGGCGUUCACUUUGUCAACUUGAUCGGACAGACGUCUACCAAGACGAGAAAUGAGGCGCACCGAAUUUCUGAUGUUCUCGGUCUUGAAUCUCUCGUGGAUGAAAUUGCCAACAAGAUCAUCGCCGAGGGAGACCUUGACCCAACUUCAUCCUCGAUCCUCGGGCCCUUCUGGUCUCCCGAUGCGCCCUUCCGCGAGAACGGCGGCACCAUCAUCCAGGAUCCCAACCCCGAAGGCCGCGUGUGCAGGAUGCACGGCACCAUCACCAAUCUCCUCACCGGCAAGCCCAUCCCCGGCGCCGUCUUUGACAUCUGGCAGGCGAGCGCCAACGGCAAAUACGACUUCCAGGACCCGGAGAACCAGACCCCCAAUAACCUGCGUGGCAAGUUCAGAGCCGACGACAACGGCCGGUACUGGUUCUACUGCUACCAUCCCACGGCCUAUUCGUUGCCCACCGAUGGUCCAGCUUAUCAGCUCAUCACCCUCAUGGACCGUCAUCCCAUGCGUCCCGCGCACAUUCACAUCAUGGCAUGUCUCUCUCUCCCUCCCUUUUCUCCCCUGAAAGCCCGUGAUUCGAGAACGGGGGCUUUUACAAGAGCCGCUGUUACGCAUCCCGACUUCAAGGGCUGCACAACACAGCUGUACCCCAAGGACGAUCCCUGGCUCGAGACUGACACCGUCUUUGCCGUCAAGGACGAUCUGGUAGUCGAUUUCAAGCCAAUCAGGGGCGACGAUAAAGCUACUUUAGAGCUCGAAUACAACGUGGUCCUAUCGCCCAAGGGUUACAAGGGCAAGGUUUUUUAA